AAGUCUAGCUUCCGUGGAUAGUGUCCUUUUAUUUCUUUUACCCAGAAUCCAUUUAACAUCGAUAACACUAUAGCUGAUAAAUAUAUAGAUGUUUUUUUGGCAUACCAUCAGUGACAGUGGUUACUUUUUUCUUUUUUGUAGGAACAUUGCCAAUACCACCAAAUAAGAAAAAAAGUACAUCACAAGCAGUUAUAAGUCCAGGAACAAAUCUGGCCUCCAAAAGUCAACUUUCUGGUCUGUCCCAGACUAAAACUUCUACAAGUCAGUCCCUGACCAUAUAUAGUAAAAGUUCUAAUUCUGGUCAGUCCCAGACCAAAACUGCUUCAAGUAAGUCCAUGACCAAAAAUAGGCAAGGUUCUAUUUCUGGUCAGUCCCAAACCAAAAUUGCUCCAAGUAAGUCCCAGAGCAAAACUACUCUAAGUCAGUCCAAGAGCAAAAGUACUCCAAGUCAGCCUCAGGCAAAUAAAAGUAGUUCAGGUUCCCUUACUGGUCAGAACAAGACCAAAACUAUUUAUAGAUCACGGUCAAGGUCCUCUUCCAUGUCAAGUUUACCAUUGAGGUCAAGGUCUCAAAGUAGGUCUAGGUCAAGGUCGUCUUCAUUAGGACAGAUUAAUAUGUCACCCUUUAUGUCCAGCACUAUGUUAGAAGACAAGUCAUGCAGGUCAAGGUCUAGAUCAAAAUCCAAUGAGUCUAGAUCAAGGUCAAAAUCUAAAACGUAUCGCCAUAAUCGUUCCCACAGGUCUAGGUCAAAAUCAUAUAGGUCUAGAUCAAGAACAAAUGAAUCUAGUUCUCAGUCAAAAAAUAAAGAGUAUCGAAAAUACAGGUCUCGGUCAAAGUCAUACAGGUCUAGAUCUAGGUCAAGAUCCAAUGAAUCAUAUGCUAGGUCAAUAGACAGGUCCAACAGGUCAUCCCGCAAGUCAUUUGACCGAUCAGACAGGUCAGUUGUUCCCCCGGACAACUCAACUCGGAAGUCAUCGACUAAUAAAACUGAGGACAAAUUUCCUAUGCCAGAAGCACGAUUUCAGAGACGUGUUUUGUUCAAACUCUGCGAGUUAAGUGCAGAAAUACAGUCUUUGAAAAGAAUAAAAAGUGUACGACAAGUCGGGACUGUUGAAGAAGAGGACUUUUUCCAGGCAGAUUCUAUUGAUGAGUUCAAUCUGUUGGACGAGAGAAUAAAAGGACCAGAGGAACGACAAAAAAUGGUUUAG